AUAUUAUUGAUAUCUUACAUCGUGGAACUCCACUUGCGCAAGAUAGUGAGUUACACCACUGAUGAGGAGAAACUUUUAUGAUAAAAUCAUAUCCGAACUUCUGUAACAUUCAGCUGAGCUGCGACUCGCGCGACCUCGUUCUGUCUGACAAGGCUGUUCAACUAGUGUAGCCAUGGUUAGUCUUAGUCAAGCAGUGCCAGUAUCCACAUGCUCUUUAAAUAAGUUGCCACACUAGUACUACCUACUCCACUAUCGCUUCAACUGAAUUUUACAUGGCCGUCGUACCGGAGAUUUUGAUUUUGCAAGCACAUGGCCUAUAUUAUGAUAAUCAAAUUUUACCUUAUCGGAUGACAGGCCAAGGCUGGGUACGGUAUUGUCAUCUGUGUGCAUUAUGGGUCCAUGAGCGCUUGAGCAACGGCUCAUUCAUUCGUUCAUUCUUCACGUUGUCUCCUUCCACAUCUACGCGCUCCAAAUAUGUCCGGUACAACUGAUGUAUAUGACGAUGAUCACCGCCUGGAAGCCCUUGGAUAUAAACCUUCCUUUCGGCGCGAGUUUUCGAAUCUAGCCACCAUCAGCUUUGCUUUCAGUAUCAUGGGAUUGUGUUCGAGUGUCGCGACGACUCUCAACACUCCACUGUUACUUGGAGGCCCUGCUUCCGUUACUUGGUGCUGGUUACUUGGGUCAUGCAUGUGCUUCACGCUUGGUUCCAGUAUCGCAGAGAUAGUCUCUGCAUUUCCUACAUGCGGAGGGCUAUAUACGGCGUCAGCUCAACUUUGUCCCAAGUCCCAUCGCGCUAUCGUAGGCUGGAUCGUUGGUUGGUUGAACAUCCUUGGUCAGGUCGCGGGAGUAGUCGUCAACGGAUUGACACAAGGGAAGACGGUUGGUUUGUUCGCUGGCCUUCUUAUUGUCCAUGGACUUUUGAAUUCGUUGGCGACACGGUACCUGGCCUUCGCUACCAGAGGCUUCGUGUUCGUGAACCUCGGUGCAACUGUUGUUAUCAUCAUUGUUUUGCUAGCGACCACGCCUCGUUCAGAGAUGCAGUCAGCGACCUACGUGUUUGGAAGUCAAGGAAUUGUGAAUCAAACCGGGGGUUGGAAUAACGGCAUCGCUUUUUUAUUGGGUUUAUUGAGCGUACAAUGGACGAUGACGGAUUACGAUGCGACCGCUCACAUUUCCGAAGAAGUUCGUCGUGCUGCAUACGCAGCACCUGCUGCGAUAUUCAUUGCUGUCAUUGGGACUGGGAUAUUGGGAUGGCUAUUGAAUAUCGUCCUCAUGCUGUGUUCAGGUCCAAUAGAAAAUCUGCCAGGAAUAUCUGGAUCUGCAUUCUUGCAGAUCAUGGUUCUGCGCAUGGGCACACCUGCAGCGCUAUUCCUUUGGAGCUUUGUAUGCCUCACAGCAUUUUUUGUUGCACAAACGGCACUGCAUGCAUGCUCUCGUACCGUUUACGCUUUCAGCCGUCUGCCCGACAACGGAUACUUCGGUCAUAUAGCGUCUUCCACCAGAACGCCACUGCGUGCUAUCUGGUUUACUACUAUCUUGUCCAUCCUUCCAGGUUUCCUCGAUCUAGCCUCCCCAAUUGCCGCGAAUGCCAUCUUUGCGCUUACCGCUAUUGCACUUGAUUUGAGUUACAUUAUCCCGAUAUUCUUGCGUCGCAUCUACGCAAAUCACCCGGACGUGAAUUUUCGCCCAGGACCGUUUUACAUGGGACCAGGUAUCCUUGGCUUGGCAGCAAAUGUUACUUGCAUAAGCUGGACGCUUUUCGUCUGCGUCAUUUUCUCGCUGCCCACAGUGUUCCCUGUCACGAAGUUUAACAUGAAUUACGCGUCCGCGAUCGCCGUCGGAGUCAUUUUUCUCAGCGGGGUGUGGUAUGUUCUCAGCGCGCAUCGACAUUAUCAUGGACCUACGUCCAACCUUGAUGCAGAAACCAAAGCUCGGCUCGGUUUGGAGAAAGUUCAAGCCGAAUCGUCUUCUAUCAGUGAGAAAGAAAAAGAUCACGUGUUCGUGUCUUUGGACUCCGCAUAG